AUGCCAUCAAACUCGACAUUCCCUAGUCCCCAAAAACUAGAUUUUGGCACGCCAACUCCUCUCGUUCCGGCAUGUCCUGCUAUAGACCCUUUUCCUUUCCCCGAACAACGGCGCAAUCUCAGCGCACUUCCACCGCUUAGCCUCAGACGCCGUGACUUGCGUUUGAGACCUAGCCAAAGACCAGUCAGCACAGGCGCUCUCGCUCGCUCACGUAUCGCAAGUAAAAAGUUCGACAGGUUCGUUCUGCCACGAAAAUCCCCCACGAGCUCUAGAGAGAGCCUCCGCCUGAGUGCACAUCCGGGUACUCUGACCCCUAUGGAGAGAAUGACUCGCCGUCGUCAUCCUGCUUCGGAUCCUUUCAGCCGUCGUGUCCCCCGCAAUCACAAUAGAGUUCACGAAUCGCUGCAAACUCUCCGAAGCUCACACACAGACUCAAACAACACAACGGGUCAACAGUCGAAUGAUAGUCCAUUAGCACUGCGGCAUGCUGCGCGCCAAGUCAGUAAUGGGGCUGUCUGGAAUGUAGGGGGCUCCGCAAUUGUUGCUGACAGUGUCCCUGGUGUCCCCAAUGGCCGAGGUAGUAUGCUCAGCAGUGGUACAAAUGCACCAUUGUACACCUCAAUGUUCUUGACGCAGUCAGAUGCCACCAGCGAGCAAGUGGCUCAUGAAAACCGCUUGGCUUUUGCUAUGAAUAUCGAUCCAUCUAAUCGAGUUCUUGGUUCCUUUGGAGAUUGGUCCUCUCCUCCGAGAGCAUCAGUCAGUGGAAGACAUGAGAAAAGCAGUCCCACAGGUCCUACUUGGAUAGACAAUGAGUGGGUCAAGGAUGAUACAACAACAAUCCUUGAUGCACCUGCGCUCAGAGAUGACUACUACUGUUCGCUUCUCGCUUACUCGUACACAGCAAAAUGCCUAGCUGUAGGUCUCGCAGGUAACGUCUAUCUCUGGUCAGAGACGCAAGGAGUUGGGACGCCGGAGAGUCUCAACAUCCCAUACGCAGCACACGUGACGUCUGUAUCCUUCUCUUCGACGCAAGGCGGCCAGGCCAUAUUAGCCAUUGGUCGCGCAGACGGAGGUGUCGCGCUAUGGAGCGUCUUUGAGCAAGAACCUCGAUUCAACUCAAGCCAACCUAGCCCCGUCUCGUGUUUGUCCUUCAGUCCCAAUACUGCCAAGAGACCUUCGAUAAGAGACUCUUCCAUCAUGGUAAACACUGAACAAUUGCUAAUCGGCGACGAGCUUGGACAUAUAUACUUCUAUUCUGUCGAAUGGCCGGAUGCGACCACUCGGGACCUCUUUGAUUGGCAGGGUGCUAUGACAAUCCUUUGCAAGCUUUCAGUGCACACCCAGCAGAUCUGCGGCAUAGUCUGGUCUCUGCAGAGCGAGUUCUUUGCUACCGGAGGAAACGACAAUCACUGUUGUCUCUUCGAAACCAAACGCGUGAUAUCGCUUCUCCCGCAGCAAUACCCUAUUACCACACAUCAGAACCCGGACGGCUCCUAUGGCUACACGGUAACGCCAGGCCAAGGUCCAAUCCCCUCCCUCGACGUCACUAACGCAAAACACCGCUUCACGCUCAACGCUGCCGUAAAGGCCAUUGCCUUCUGCCCGUGGCAGCGCGGCCUCCUCGCCAUCGGCGGCGGCUCCAACGACCGCUGCAUCCACUUCUACCACACGAUAUCAGGGGCAUGUCUCGCGACGAUCGACUGCAGCGCGCAAGUCACAUCGCUGAUCUGGUCAACGACACGGCGCGAGAUCUGCGCGACGUUUGGCUUCGCCCAGCCCGAGCACGCGUUCCGCAUCGCGGUGUUCAGCUGGCCGGCCUGCGAGCAACUCGUCGCCAUCCCCUGGCCCGACGAGCACCGCGCCCUCUACGCCGUGCCGUACCCCGGCGGGCCGAACAACGGGCGCACAAAGGGCGAGGGCGGCGCGUGGUGGAGCCGCACGCAAGUCGAGGGCUGCGUCGUCGUUGCCACGAGCGACGCUAGCAUCAAGUUCCAUGAGGUGUGGAGCGAGGAGCGCAGGAGGGGGUGUGGGCUUGGUGGCUUGGGCGGGAGCGACAUUCUCGAGGAGCUGCAUGGCUGCGAGAAGGAGGGCCAGCUCGUCAUUAGGUAG